AUGCAGGCAGACCCGAUCCUCGCAAAACUCGGUGAUUUUCUUCUCAUUUCUGAUGUGGCCUCUGACAGAGGGCGAGUUCCUUCCCUUGGCCAGGAGAGCAGCCUGCCCGCUGCUGGUGCUGCCGACGUGGGCCGGGUUUCACAGCCGCGAGGGGGGCUCCGUGCAGAGGGGCAUUGCCGAGCGGGGCCGGGUUUCACAGCCCCGAGGGGGGCUCCGUGCAGGAGGGCAUUGCCGAGCAGGGCCGGGUUUCACAGCCCCGAGGGGGGCUCCGUGCAGAGGGGCAUUGCCGAGCGGGGCUGGCUCUCGGCCGUGCCCGCCUUUGUCAGCAGCCGCCAUCCAAAGGCCGCGGGCGGGCGCUGCCUGUCCCCGCGGCUGCCCCGUUUAUGGCCCUUUAUGGCGGGGCCGCUCCGUCCGCAGGGCUCGGGAGCCUCAGGUGCGCCGUCCCGGCCUCGUGCGGCGAUGCUGGGACCGGGGGACACGGGGGGACACGGGGGGACAGCGGGGACCCCGCAUACGCGGGGAGGGGACCCGGCCACGCUGCCCGCGGGCAGGGCGGGUGAGCGAGCGGCGCAUGCGCACGGCUGGCCCCGCCUGCCAUUCACAAAGGCAGAGCACGGCGCGCCUCGGCCGCUGAUUGGCUGCGGGGCGGGAGGGGGCGGGGCCGACCCGGGGCGGCCACGCGGCGGCGGCGGAGGGGCGGCGGCAGAGCCGGAGCGGAGCGGGACCGGGCGGGACCGGGAACCGGGCACGGAACCGGGCACCGGCAGCCUCAGCACUAUGUCCGUCAGCAGCCACGAGAACCGGAAAUCCCGCUCGAGCUCCGGCUCCAUGAACAUCCACCUCUUCCACAAACCGGGCCACGCCGACAGCCUCCUGACCCAGCUGAACCUGCUCCGCCAGCAGAGCCUCUUCACCGACGUGGUGCUGCGGGCGGGGAACCAGAGCUUCCCCUGCCACCGCGCCGUCCUGGCCGCCUGCAGCCGCUACUUCAACGCCAUGUUCAGCGGGGGCCUGAAGGAGAGCAGGGACGCCGAGGUCAACUUCCACGACUCGCUGCACCCCGAGGUGCUGGAGCUGCUGCUGGACUACGCUUACUCAGCGCGGGUGCUGAUCAACGAGGAGAACGCCGAGUCCCUGCUGGAGGCCGGGGACAUGCUGCAGUUCCAGGAUAUCCGGGACGCUUCGGCUGACUUUCUGGAGAAGAAUCUCUACCCUGGGAAUUGCCUGAACAUGCUGCUGCUGUCCGAUGCCCACUGCUGCGAGCGGCUGCUGGAGCUGUCCUGGAGGAUGGCCUUGGCCAACUUCACCUCGCUCUGCAAGACUGAAGAUUUCCUCCGGCUGCCCAAAGACAAGCUGCUGGAGCUGGUGGAGAGCGAGGAGCUGGAGGUGGAGGACGAGACGCUGGUCUAUGAAGCCGUUAUAGGCUGGAUCCGCUACGAUUUGCCCCGGCGCCACGAAGUUCUGCCCGAGCUGCUGCGCUCCGUCCGCCUGGCCCUGCUGCCCGAGUCCUACCUGCGGAAGCAGGUGGCCUGUGAGAAGCUGGUGACCAGCCACAAGCUGGGGGAGGAGAUCGUGGCCGACGCCGUGCGCUGCAAAAUGAAGAUCCUGCAGAACGACGGCCUGGUGACGGGCUGCUGCGCCCGGCCCCGCAAGGUCAGCCAGGCCCUGCUGCUGCUCGGGGGCCAGACCUUCAUGUGCGACAAGAUUUACAUGCUGGACCAUAAAAGCAGCGAGAUCAUCCCUCGCGCCGACAUCCCCAGCCCCCGCAAGGAGUGCAGCGCCUGCGCCAUCGGCUGCAAGGUCUACAUCACGGGCGGCAAGGGCUCCGAGAACGGCGCCUCCAGGGACGUCUGGGUGUACGACACCCUCCACGACGAGUGGGCCAAAGCUGCUCCCAUGCUGGUGGCGCGGUUUGGCCACGGCUCCGCCGAGCUGGACCACUGCCUGUACGUGGUGGGGGGUCACACGGCCAUGAGCGGGGCCUUCCCGGCCUCUCCCUCCGUGUCCCUCAAGCAGGUGGAGCACUACGACCCCCAGCUGGACAAGUGGUCGCUGGUGGCUCCUCUCCGGGAAGGCGUGAGCAACGCCGCCGUGGUGGGAGCCAAGAUGAAGCUGUUUGUUUUCGGGGGCACCAGCGCCAACCAGAACAAGCUGCCCAAGGUGCAGUGCUUCGACCCCUGCCAGAACCGCUGGACGGUGCCCGCCAGCUGCCCCCAGCCCUGGCGCUACACGGCCGCCGCCGUGGUGGGCAGCCACGUCAUCGUCAUCGGCGGGGACACGGAGUUCUCGGCCAGCUCCGCUUACCGCUUCCACAGCGACACCUUCCAGUGGUCCAAGUUCGGGGAUGUCACGGCCAAGUGCAUCAGCUGCCGCGCUGUCACCUCGGGGAACAGGCUCUACGUGGUGGGGGGCUACUGCGGGGCUCAGCGCUGCAAAACCCUGGACUGCUACGACCCCUCGUCCGACAGCUGGAGCAGCGUCACCACGGUGCCCUACUCCCUCAUCCCCACCGCCUUCGUCAGCACCUGGAAGUACCUGUCGGCCUGAGCGUGGCCAGGGACCUGGAAGGCUUCACACCUGAUUUUGCCAAGUGCCUCCCUUGACUGAGGAUCCAGAUGGAACACACGGGCAGCAGGAGCACCUCCUCCCACCUGGCAACUCUGUGAGCUGGGUGCCAUCAGCACCAGCAGGGCUCAAGGCAACCGAGUUUUGGCUUUGAAUUGCUUCUGCAAAUCCAUCCCCUGGUCAGGCCAGGGAGGGGACAGGCACUGAGGGACCUCCUUGGGCUGACAGCUUGUGCUGUCCCUUGAGACAGCAAAAGGUUUCCAAGUGUUCUCCUAACUUGUGUGGUAUCAGAGCAGGAACCAGAGGGAUUAUUUUGGCUUCAGUGAUAUUAGGAAGGAGAAAGGACACUCCUGACCAGCUGCAGGACUGCACUGCUGCAUUUGCAGCACCCAAGCAGUAGCCUGGAAUGUCAGAACAUGUGACAGUACUUUGCCCAAGGGCUGGUUCUGCACAUUUAUUUCUUUUUUAUACAGCAGUUUUGUGUGUUUAUUACUCAGCCUGGAGCUGCUUCAAUAAAUCUGAAUAAAAUCCA